AUGCCGUGGCGCGCCGUUGUGGCCACCCUCGUCUGCUUCGCCGCGUUCUGCGCAUCCGUCCUCCUCUUCGGGUCCUUCUUCAUGCUCCGGCUGCUGCCCGGCGCCGGCCCUGUCAUGGCCGCACAGUGGAAGGGGGUCAGGGCCGUUGCCGCCGUCUUCGCCGCGGUGGUGGUCGGGGAAGCUGCCUCGUUGCCGCCGGUGGAUCCGCUAGAUAGACUAUACAAAGAUUAUACAUGCAUAUAUGGUUUGUCAGAGGACAUUACAGAAAAGCUCCUCACUAACUACUGA